ACUCCACGCGCCAUUCGACGGGCCUCGAGAACGCUCGAGCGGCCAGAGCCAGGGCGGCCUCGGCUUGGAUCACGGCAGGCGGGCGUCCUCCCACUGCGGCCGCGGCUCCUCCCGACGCUCGGCCUUCGCCGCAUUCCCAGUGAGCCCGAAGGCUGACGACGACGGCAGGGAGACCGCGGGAGCGAGUGUCGGCGGAGGACAGAGGCCCAGGGACAGCGCCGAGCUCCUGCCGCCAUGACGGAGGAGGAAGACCCAGCCAAGAAGGAAGCCGCUCCGCCCAAGAAGACCCGGGCGAAGCGUAAGCCGGCUGCUGCCGAUGGUGGCGGCAGUCCAUCUCCAGAGGCCACCGCCGUUAAGCGGCCGCGUGCAAGGCCUGCCCAAAAGGAUCAGUCUUCACCAACGACGAGGGCCCGGUCAGCGAAGCCGGCAGUGCCGAAAGCCAUCACCAGCAGGGCUUCUGCCAAGACAAGAAAGGCUUCAGAUGAAUCGGCACCCGACGCAGAUGUGAACGCCCCGUCUACCAGCAAGGGAGUUUCACGGAAGGCGCCGAGGGUGAGCCGCAAGGCACAAUCACGGAACACCUCCCCGAGCGAUGCUUUCUCUGCCGCUGCCAAAGCACCGAAGCGCCAGCACCGCUCUCGGAGUCACUCAUCCGGCAGCGGCAGUCACAAGGCCAGGAGGGGAAGGAGCAGCCGGAGAUCGAGGCGCUCGUCCCUCAGCGGCCACGGUCGCCACAAGCACAACGCCAGUCGCCGAACAAAGUCCACCACCACUUCGGAAAGCAGCGACGGAAGAAACAGGGGACGCACCAAGAGCCGCCGCUCCACGAGCGGCUCCUCUGCCACGAGCAAGAGCACCUUGACUGGCAGAAAACGGCGCCGUCACGCCCGUAGUAGCCGCUCGUCGUCGAGCCGUAGGCGGGUCAAACCGAGGAAGACUGCGAGCAGAUCCUCGUCCAGAUCUCGGCGUGCCAAGCGGACGAGCGCAGGCAAGGCUACGAAGGGUGGCAAGCGCAAGUAAAACGAUCUCGGCGAUCAGGAAAGUGGCCCAGAAUCACUUAACAUUCGCACCUGGGCUUCGCACAGCCUUCGCUGCCCGUCGAAGAUCGAGAAAUCGGUAUAGGCGCCGUUCCCGCAACGAAGAAACCUGAGCCUGUGUCCAUUUAGACCAACGAUUGAAAAUAAAUUUCGCUUUCGAGGUGCUUUA